CAGUCAGCGUUAGAAGUUAAGAUCCCUCGCUUGGAAAGUUUCUGGGCCUCAGUCGAUUGAUCGUCGUCAAUUAUAUCGAAAUGUUUAGCGAUUUUGUUGGCGCUGAUUGGCGAGCAAGUAAACGACACGUGAUCGGCCCAGUGACGUCCGUCAUCUUGUUGAGCAUUUGUGGCUGCAUCAUCAUCGCGGAUGGGCAUGGCAUUCUUUACGAUCCACCCGGACGGUCAUCCAUGUGGCGGUUCGGUUUUAACGUGCCCAUGAACGAAAACGACACGGGUCUGAAUUGCGGUGGCAGAGAGACUCAGCACUUUGACGAAGUCAAUCAGGGACGUUGCGGUGAAUGCGGCGACGAAUAUAAACUAACCCGGCCACGACCCCAUGAUGAAGGCGGUAUUUACGGUACGGGUAUCAUUGGACAGACUUAUGUUGAAGCAUCGAUUGUUCGACUAACCGUUCAAAUAACGGCCAAUCACUUGGGCCAUUUCGUGUUCCGACUGUGUCCGAAACAAUCAGCUGAUGAACUAGUGACGCAGGAAUGCCUUGACAGAUAUCCACUUGAACUUGUCGACUUGCCCGGCCAAGGUGACGGCUUCGUAGUCGAAGGCACCAAAUUUCAAAUUGGCAGUUCAACUGGCCUCUACUUUCCCAGUGUCCGGCUGCCAGCAGGCGUCACUUGCCAAAACUGCGUCCUGCAGUGGUACUACACAACAGGCAACAGCCCGGGACUGUGUCCGGGCGGUGGCAAUGGAUUAUGUUACCAGGAAACAUUCGUCAAUUGCGCAGAUGUGGCUAUUCUACCGCAGAACAAAUAAUUCACAUAUUCUCGAGAAAUGCUAUCUACUCGUCAAUCAAGAAACAAGAUAGAAUUAUACAAAAUACAUCAAGGUUUGAUUUUGGUGGAGGAACUCGAUCCCAAAAGGAGUUAACCAAUUGACUUUCUGGCAAUAAACGGUUUCAAUGUUGA